AUGCUUAAUAAUCUAGCUGAACAAUGGCCGCACGUAACCCGUAAAUCUAAAUUACAGGUUUAUCACCACCCCGAACCAUACCCCAAUUGUCAACUCGGCAGGAUAAAAAUUGAUGAUGCCUCAUGCUCUAAAUUCGCCACUCCGUUGGUACAGUUACCGUGGCGUAACGCCAUGAACGGUGUCGACGAACGAAAUCCGGGCUCUUGACGCCUUGGAUUUAAAGUCAUGAAGCUCCAGCAGGUUCGGUUCACGAUGCACGUACCUUGUGCUUGAGCGGUUCCAAGAAACACACCGCCGCUCAAGACGAUUUUGUUCGACACACAGUACCCUGGUUCCCCCAGACCGGGAGAUACAGGCGCAAUACAUCCAUUUCUUGGAUUGGCCCGGUGACCGCAGUGGUACUACUGUGCCGUACAGCUGGGUAGGGGUGUGGUCGAUGAUAACAAGCAUCACGGAAGUUAUGUGUUUGCUGUGUCUGCUCGAGCACUUCACCAGGGACAAUGCGACUUCCACUGCGUAUAUCCUACCCGCAGCAUGUCUCGAGACUUUUUCCCCUCAGCCAAAUUCACCGCACGUGCGGAAAAAUAACGAACCAGCUGAAUUCUUGAAGGUGGUGAUUUAGCUCGCGAUUAGUUGAUGGGAUGUGGCUGCAGGAGAGGCGGAACUAAAUAUUCACUUAUCAUAACCAUAAAGUUAAUGUGGUUUAGUUCUCGAACACGGCUGGCGACAUCUGCCAUUCACGCUCCAAAAGUUGCUCGAGUAUCAAGCCACUUCUGCGCCCAUCCAUCCCUUGCGAAAGCGAACCUUCACACCGAUGUCUUCCGGGAAGCGCAAGAGCUGAGAGGAAGGAAGGGGAGAUGGCCGGUAACAAUUGGAGGAAAUUCCUCGGCGUAUAGUACCCCUUUCUAUUAGAUCUACCGGCUGUCUGGUCCUAUUCAAUUUCUCUCUCGGAGGAGGAAGUGCAUGGUGGAAUCUAUUCGCUGUUUGCAAUGGGUGCCGGCGCUUAUCUUGCCAAGAAGCCUCCUCGCCACUCCCUGUGGUGGAUAGCCGGAGUACGGUACUUUGCCAAGAAAGUAUACGAUGGCUCGACUUCAAUCUCCAAAGGGUUUUCAACAACCGCUU